AUGAUAACGCGCUUCGGGAAAGCAUUCAUAUUCACCAUCUUUGCCCUCUUUCUCGUAGGCUCGCUUGCGUUUUUCCACCCUCCUUCAAGGACAUACGUGGAUACAUGGACGGGCGACUUCUUCAGUGAGGGAGGUUACAUUCCUCCCGCCCCGGACAAGGGCGUGAAAGGGAACGUGAUUAUGAGCAAACUCGGGAACGCGACCGCCAAAGCUGAGCUUGGUCGGGCGACAUGGAAGUUGAUGCACACCAUGACCUUGCGUUACCCGGACGAACCCAGCCAGGACGAGAGAGACGCGUUAUACAACUAUUUCCAUCUCACAUCUCGCCUCUACCCUUGUGGAGAAUGUGCGGCAGAGUUCCAACUACUCCUCAAGAAGUUUCCCCCGCAGACGUCCUCGCGCCGGUCUGCUGCAACAUGGCUGUGCUUCCUGCACAACCAAGUGAACGCCCGCCUCGGCAAGCCCGAGUUUGACUGCGUGAACCUCGACGCGACGUACGAUUGCGGUUGUGGCGACGAGCCGCUGAACCCAAGCAAGAAAGGUCUUGCGAACGACCCCAUGGAUCUCGAGACAGACCCAAGCAGAGACAAAGCCGCCAUGGGUCUCAUCAAGGGUGGUCGAUAG